AUGGCAUCAGCGUCUCAGUUGUCCACGCUUGGCACAGGACUCGGUCGUCAACGUAGCCCCUUCUCUGGAAACGCCACACUCGCCAACACCGGAUUUGCUCAGCCACCAACAUCACUUCGGGACGCCUUGAAGCCUGACUUGACUCAAUCUGGACGCAGAAAGGCGAGACGCUUACGUCGAAACGGUUCUUCCUCAUCGCGUCUCUCCAACGGAGACACCAACCGCCACGACAACUUUUGCUCGCGAUUACGCUCGGUUUGCUUGCUGCUUCAAUAG